AUGACUGAAGCCGGCCUCAACACGGUCAACCUCAGCACCAUGACCACUUGGCAGCAGACCAUGCUGUUCCUGCUCAUCGUGUUUGGCAGCACCAUCUGGGUGUCUAUAUGUACUGUUCUUACACGCAAACACGUCUUUUACCGAAGAUUUAUGCGCCUCGAGGGUUUGCCCCGGCAGCACGGCAAAGCAACUGCCCAGGAAUCGCCUCGAUGUGCUGGUUCUGAACUCCCGGGCUCACGUCAAGCACCUGCCCCAGAUACCUCGGACUCUGCCGCGGUCGUCGCUGUGCAAGAAAGCUCUAGCCCGUGCGAUAGUGUCUGCGCUCUAGAACAAGGACCGGACAGACUUGAUUGCGAUGAACAGGGUCUCUCCAGUGCCAAGAGCAAGCAAAUGUGCGGCUGCGAGUAUCGUGCACUUGAGCUGCUUUCCAUUAUCGUGCCUCUGUAUUUCGUUCUCUGGCAGCUGCUGGGAUGCAUCAGCCUGGGCGCAUGGAUCCAUCAUCACAUGCCCGACACUGCGCUUACCAAUGGCAUCAAUCCGUGGUGGCUAGGACUCUUCAACGGAGUUUCUGCAUUUAAUAAUUCUGGCAUGUCCCUACUCGAUGCCAACAUGAUGCCGUUUCAGGAGUCCUACUUUGUCCUCGUCACGAUGGGAUUGAUGAUUCUAGCUGGAAACACGGCAUACCCCAUCUUCCUGCGCUUCAUCUUUUGGUCCGGCAUGAAGCUACUUGACCUGACUACCGAGGCUACCUCUUUCCGGAGCACCAGACUGGCCAUGAAGCUUUUGCUCAAGGAUCCUCGGCGCAUUUACACAAAUCUAUUUCCGUCACGCCUCACUUGGUGGCUCGUUUUUAUGCUCGUCUGCCUCAACGGAAUUGACUGGGUGCUGUUUGAGGUACUCAAUCUGCAUAACCCGGCGGUUCAAAGCAUACCAGUCGGGCCUCGAGUACUGGUAGGGCUUUUUCAAGCUCUGGCUGUGCGGUCCGGCGGAUUCUACGUCGUUCCAAUUGCACAAAUAUCCAUUGCCGUCCAAUUUCUGUACGUUAUUAUGAUGUACAUUUCAGUAUACCCAGUCGUCAUCACUAUCCAUCAGUCCAAUACAUACACAGGUGAUUCUCACCACGAUAUGGAUGAUGAAACUCAUGAUGCGUCACAUUCUCCCCGAGGUGGGAUCAUCAGUGCUGCCUCAUACCCUGCCGAGAAACGCAAUCUUGCCACUGCGCAGGAAACCCGUUCGGUAUCGGGUGUACCACCAGCCCAAUCAUUCUGUCACGGACCCGUGAACCAGUCAGCGGCAACACCGACAACAGCGAUAGACGGACGACCUAUAUCAACGCGUUCUACAUCCCACAGUGAAAGCAGGCACCGAGAGAAGCGGCCAAGCCUCCCUCCACGACCCUUUUCGUUUCGUAGCAUGUCUCCUCAUGGUACACGUGAUGGUCGUAUGAGCUUCAUUCACCAGCAGAUACAUGGGCAAUUAGGUCAGGAUAUUCGUUGGCUGGUGCUAGCUGUCCUGAUCAUUGUGAUUAUUGAAAGCGGUCAUUUCGAUGCUGACCCGAUCAACUUUUCGGUUUUCAAUGUCAUAUUCGAAGUUGUCUCUGCAUACGGUACGGUCGGCAUUUCGGUUGGAACGCCAUCGGGCGCUUAUAGCUUUGCUGGAACGUGGUACGCGGGAAGCAAACUGGUCCUUUGUCUUGUCAUGCUUCGCGGCAGACAUAGGGUACUACCCAUGGCGUUGGAUCGCGCGAUCCAACUUCCAGACCAAUAUCUGAGCUGCAGACAUGACGAGGUCGAAGAGAAAUAG